AGCACCGCCAUUCUUCUUACCAACACCGUGGCAAUCUCCACGCGGCACCUCGACAUUCACCUCGCCAUCCGCACGCAGCCUCGACUGGCUUACCAAGCGGACUGCGACUCUUCCCAUGUGCUGCCUAAUAGUGGAGUGAGGAGCACGCCCCACCAGCCACGCCCAAGCCCAACGGCUGAGCACUCGAGCACGCCCAAACCUCGACCAACUCCUCGCUCGAGGUCGCGAAGCACGCCGCAAUGCCUUCGAUUCUCUCCGACGAGGACAAGCAGACGGUGAAGCGCACCGUGCCCAAGUCGGCCAACAAGAUCCACACCGUCGCCGUCGCCAAGUUGUACAUCGCCUACCCCGACCGGCACCGAUGGACCUACACGGGCCUGCAGGGCGCCGUCGUGCUGGCAAACGACCUGGUCGGCAACACCUUCUGGCUCAAGAUGGUGGACAUAUCGCCCCAAAGUCGCGGUGUCAUAUGGGACCAGGAGAUCUACGACACCUUCUCGUACAACCAGGACCGCGUCUUCUUCCACACCUUUGAGCUCGAGGACUGUCUGGCCGGCCUGUCUUUUGCCGACGAGAAGGAAGCCAAGACAUUCAAGAAGAAGCUCGACGACCGCGAAAAGAACGCCCACAAGAACACCAAGAACAAACCCUUCAGCGCAUCCGCAGGCACCAGCGCGCCUACAGCCAACGGCAAGAGCGGAGGCCAUGGCCACGGCCUGCUGGGAAGGCUCACCGGACACCGCCAUCCUUCCUCACCCGGCCCGCCGCCAGCGUCCAUCAUUCCACCCACCAACGUCACAUCGCCUGUGCAGAGCACCCACUCCAACGCUACCAGCGCUCGCAACUCCGCCAUCGACACCACCGACCCAUCAUGGAAGCCGCUGUUGAAGGAACUGCUGGCAAUGGGCAUCACCGAAGACCAGAUCGAAGAAAACGCCGAUUUCAUCAAGCUAUACAUUGAGCAGCGGAAGCAAGAGGAGAAGCUCAAGGAUGAGAACAACCAGCGCAAAUCCAGAGCGCCUCCGCCUCCACCACCGAGUGCGCCUCCCAUGGCCGCAUCUCUCAGCCCUCAGAACACAGGCGGUUCCAAACGAGGUCCUCCGCCCGCACCUCCGCCAGCGCGAAGGACAAGGACGGACGCAGCCCUCAACCGCAACUCUUCAGGAAGCCCUGCGCCGCCAUCACCACCGCGCGAAGCUUCACCGUCUCCAGGACCGCCCAAACCAGUCUUCAGAGCGCCUCCUCCACUUGCAGAAGCAGGAAAGUUCGCGAAUCUACCUCCUGCACCACCAGGCAGGGCGCGAGCCUCAUCCAACGCCGCCAACCCAGGUCCUCCACCGCCGCCACGCCCACCCAAGACACCCGUACCCGACGAAGAGAGGCCAGUGGGAGGCAAGUUCGGUGUACCUCCGCCCUUCACAGGCAACCGCGUACCGUCUGGCCCACCUCCACCACCCCCAAGCCGAGGGCCAGUUCCUCCACCGCCUCCCGCAAGAGACACGCCAUCUGCGCCUCCUCCACUUCCACCCAAGACCUCGGCAGCCCCGACACCACCCCCGGUCCACAACAUACCGCCGCCUCCUCCGCUACCGCCAUCUUCAUCUCGACCUACACCAGCACCCCCUUCGAGCGCGGCACCAGUCCCGCCGCCUCUACCCCCAACAAGCAAUGUAGCGCCGACACCACCUCCGCCGCCGCCCAUGCCGGGACGAUCGAUUCCUCCUCCUCCACCGAUGCCCAACAGCUCAGCACCCCCUCCACCACCUAUGCCAAGCACAGGCGCACCACCGCCACCGCCAAUGCCUCCUGGCUCUGUACCUCCUCCGCCGCCGCCAAUGCCUUCACGAAGCGCUGUGGCACCUCCUCCACCUGGCCCCCCUCCCCCACCGAGCGGCGGCGCACCUCUGCCCAAACCAGCGCCAGGACGAGACGGCUUGCUAGCGGAUAUUCGAGGAGGAGCGAGGUUGAAAAAGGUUUCGGAUUCAGAAAAGAAGGAUCGCAGUGGAGCCGCAGUUCCUGGUGCGGAACCUGCUGGAGGCGCCUCUGGAGGAGCCAGUGGCGCGGCUACACCUGGAGAUGCUGGCUUGGCUGGAGCACUGGCUAGUGCUCUUGCGGCAAGAAAGUCAAAAGUUAGUCACAGUGACGAUGAAUCCGACAAAGAUGAUUGGUAAACGUAUAGAACUCAGAAGUAGCGACAAAUCGACAAGCCAGGCCAAUCACAACCUCAUCCAAACGCCGAGAAACCCGCGACGCCCAGUCAUAAGAUAUGAGGAUGUGGGAAGGGCCAUCAGAACGUGUACCCGGGUGAUGUAACGUGGCAGGAGCGCCACAAGCAAUUUCAAGAGCAGAGCCGCUUGGCUGAUUAGUGUGAAAAUGAUAGUUGAUACCAAGAAUGAUAAAGUAUAUUCUUCGUCUUCAAA